AUAUUUUUUUCCAGAGGUUGAUCGAUUUCUGUUUUACAUUAUUUAAUUUGAUCAUAAUUUAAUUUAAAUGAAUUAAAAUGGCCAAACAACAGGGAAAAGUUUAUUUAGGAUACGAAGAAGAACCAGUUAGUGAAAAGAACCAAACGUUAUUGAACUAUAAUGUGAACAAAAUUGGAGGAUUUCCUGAUUGGCCUCCUCUGGAGAAUUUACAGUUUUCCUCCAAGUGCCCUCUCUGUGGGUUGUACAGGAUGCAGGUGGUACAAUGUUAUGCUCCUCUAGAGAAUUCGAUUUACCACCGUACCUUAUACGUGUUUGCGUGUGUCAGUCCUAACUGCUGGUCGCAGUCUGAGAGUUGGAUAUGUGUGCGGAGUCAGAUCCAAGAUGACUCCGGCAGCCCGGUGAACGCUUGCACCACAGUGGCCAUGCCCACCCCUGACACCAACCUGACCUGGUGCAAUGGAGCCGAUGAGUGGGAUGAGAAUGAUAAUGGAGACACGGCCAACGGAAACUUCAUGAAUGUUGACAAUGCCCCUAGUCCUAAUAAUGUUAACAGGCUUUCAGAUGAAGAUGAUGAGAGCAACUCAUUUGAAAUAGAAUCAGUGGAGCAAGCGCUGGGACACUUGCAUGUCUCCAACGAUGCUCACAACGCCAACAUGUCUCCCGUGCAGGGUGCAGUAGGAGCGAUCGGGGCGCCAGUAGCCGCGGCUGAGCUGGAAGGAGGUGAUGAGCCCGGGCUGGUGACCGUGGACACGCCGACCGCCCCCAACAACGACCUGGAGACUCUGCUGCAUCAGACAGCUGAGCUACCGCCCGACCUGCGCGGUCGCCUCAUCAGCGGCUCCCUGCAGUUCGCUCCCAAGUUCAUCUACGUAGAGGAAGAGGUGAAGCGGGCAAGUGCGCAUGACGACAAGGUCACCGAGUUGCUCAAUAAGUACAGAAGGGAGAAUGAGAUGGAAGUGGUGGCAGCCGGCGACGCGGCGGGCGGCGGCGGCGGCGGCGGCGAGGAGGUGUAUGAAGAAGCGGCGCCGCUGCACGGAGACGCCAUGUUCCACGCCUUCGUCACCCGGCUGAGGGAGAACCCGGGGCAGAUACUGAGAUACACCCGAGACGAGCGUCCCCUGCUAGGAGCGCCGCUGCCCUCCAGCCCCCACUCACCGGACGCGAGCCUCCCGACCAUCUGCCACCGCUGCGGUUCCCGCCUCAUAUGCGAGCUGCAGCUCCUGCCGAACUUUGCUGACGCCCUCCGAAUACUCCCGACGAACGUAUCGCUCUCUCACUUGCACUUUCUCUCCGUCCUAGUCUUCACGUGCGCCCAGAGUUGCUGGAAGCCGGGUGACGCGAUUGUAACAGAAACUGUGAUUGUACAACCGGAGAUCUAAAUUGUCAAUUAAUCGUGGGUGUCCGCAUACGUAAUUUAAGAUACAGAUAAAUUCUCGGAAGUUGACCAAAGUGGCGGCUGUCAAUACUCAGGUUAAUAGAGAGAAAGAAAAACAGCCGAGCCGCGUAGCUCGCACCAUUAGCUGGUUCUUAACGCAUAUACGCUUUACCCUGCAUCACCGAGGAUAGAUAAAGGUCCCUACGUCCUGAAUUAUUAAAGGCCAAGCGAGAUCGCGCCAAACCUCUUGAUGCCUCUGCGGUUUUGGAGUUUUCUAGUAUCUGGUAAGCGUCAGCAGUUGACAACUUCGAGAAUGUAACUGUAUACCAGUGAGACGAAGCCAAAAUAAUUCAUAGAUAAAAUCCUAGAUAUGGGUGAUCCACUUAAGCCCAUUUUAGAUUGCGGAUGCGGUUAAAGAGCUAAAUUAUUUGUCUUAAAUAGUUAUAGUGACUGAUUGAUGUCGGUAUAAUCAUUUUAAAGAUAAUCCGGUGGUAUUUACCAACAAAAACAUUGCCAUAAUAAGUGCUUAACCUUUUUAAAACUUCAGCAAAAUAUUAUAGUGUUAUUGCACUAUGUCACUUGGAAUUUAUUGUUAUGUCUGAUUAGCUGUUUACUAUCAAAAGUAAACUAAGAUGUAGCUAGUUAGUUCAUGUUUGCAUUUGAAUCGUUCCCUAAAGGCUAGAAACUUGUAGCAAUAUUAUCCUAAUUAAUUAAAUUAUUAUUACAAUACAGGUACAGUAACCUAUUGAUGUCCAUUCAAACUAUAGAUUUCAUGGGAAUGCUACACUAUUUAUUCGACAUUA